GUCUGGGACGCGCUGGCGCUGGAGGUGCAGACCCUGUGCCGCUGCGAGCCGCUGCCGCUGUGGCUGGAGCCACCGCUGCUGCGUCUGCCCGACCCGGUGCCCUUCUGGAGCCGCGUCUCACGGACCGUCACGGUGGUGAACGACUCGGACUACGCGGCGCCGUUCGAGUGGUGCACGGUGCGGCGCGGCGACCUGCUGGUCAGCGUCAGCCCGCAGAGCGGCCAGGUGCCGGCGCGCGGCCGACUGCCGCUCACCGUCACCCUGUGGUCGGCGCGCGAGCUGCAGCUCACUGCCGAGCUGCGCUGCACCAGCCGCCGGUUCGGCCGCAGCGUCUGCCUGCCCGUGGUGGCUGCGUUCCUCGGACCCGCCCUGCAGAUCAGCACCCACCGGCUGGAGAUGCCGCGCACUCGCGUCGGAGCCCGGUCUGAGAGACAGCUGACCCUCACCAACCCCACCAAGCUGCCGCUCGAGUGGCGCACGGCGCGCAUCGUGGAGCGCUCCCCGGUGCGGCCGGCGGAGCGCGGUUGGCGGUUCGACGGCCAGGUGGACCCGUUCUCGGUCAGUCCGUGCUCGGGCCUGCUGCGGGCCGGCGAGAGCACCCAGCUGACGGUGUCGUUCGAGCCGCCGGCGCCGGCCACCUACGACAUGGUGCUGGAUGUCGGAGUGGACGGCAGCAGUCGCAGCAGCGCCGUCUCCAUCUGCGCCGAGGCGUGCCACCUCUCGCUGUCCGUCACCCCGGCCUUCCACAAGCUGGACGCCUACCUGGGCGGCACCGUGGCCAUGAUGGUGUUCGUCUCGAGCACCUGCGACAUGGACGUGCCGUUCCGCUGGGAGGUGCCGGCCAGUGAGUCGGUACAGGUGACCCUGGAGCCGGCCAGCGGCGUGCUGCUGCCCUGGGCCACUCUGGUCUCUGAGCUGCGGAUCACCGGUCUGCGAGCCGGCCCGUACGGCUACUACUGCAUCCCCUGCUGGCUGGAGGACCGCUCCUUCUCCGCGCCACUGACGCUGUACGGAGAGGUGAUGGCACUGUCUGCGUCCGUCCACAUCGCGCCCAACUGGGGGUACCGGCCGGCCGGGGUGCCCGACCUCGGCGAGGGCAGGCAGGUGCUGGGUCGCAGCCGGCGCCGUCAGCUGGAGCAGCAGCAGCGAGAGGCGCAGGAGGAGGCCGCCCGACUGGCCGCCCAGCCGCCCCCGGAGCCAGAGAAACCGCCCACACCACCGCCGUCACCCAAAUCAAAGAAGGACAAAAAGAAGUCACCAAAAGCUGCCAAGAAGGGUAAGAAGAAGGGCAAGGACCGCCUUCCGACUCCUGAACCGGAGCCGGAGCCGGAGCCGCCGCCUCCUCCGGAGCCGGAGCGGGCUCCGACCCCGGAGCCGACGGUGGAGGAGCUGGUGGCUGAGUGGGAGCUGGUGGAGUCGGCGGAGGCCGGCUGUGGUCCGCUGGUGCUGCUGUUUGGACACGACGUGGACAUUCACUCGGUGGUAGUGCGGGAGCUACAUGUGAGGAACAACACGCCCAUAUCGAUGCAGUGCAGCGCGCGCGUGCUGAACUUCCCCGGCCUGCAGCAGGAGAGGUGCGCCGGAGAGCCGCCCAUGACGGUCGAGAAGCGCCGUAUCAACGAUCUGGAGCGGGAGGACGUAUGGUCGGAGCUGCUCUCGGACGGACGCGGUCUGGCGCUGCUGGUCCGACCGGCCCGGUUCGCCGUGCCCGCCCACAGCCAGACCCUGGUGCGGGUGUUCUGCUGUGCCGACAUGUGGGGCUGGUACUCGGACCAGCUGAUCGUCUCAGGGGAGGGCAUCCCCGACCUGACGGUGGACCUGCGGGUGGGCGUCACCGGCUCGCCGCUGCUGGCCGUCAACACCGGAUCCAACCACGUCAGGUUCGGGUGUCAGCUGUACGGCGGCGCGCCCGUCGAGAGACACCUGUGUCUGAAUAACGUGUCGCCGUGCCCGAUCCAGCUGAACAUGGCCGUGGCUCUGGAGACGCCGGUCGAGGAGCGGCCGCCGCCGUUCCGCGCCUUCCUCUCGCUGGGGGCCGACUUUGAGCCGCUGCUGCCACUGUGGGAGUGGAGGGUUACGAGCGACACGCUCCGGCUCGGACUGCGGCCGGUGUUUGGACAGGAGAGCCAGGCGUACUACACGGUGACGCCGGAGGUGACUGUGGUACCGGCGCGCUCCAAGGUCUGGGUGCUGCUGCAGCUGCACCCAGUCUGCCUGCCGCCGGCCGCCUCUCGCUGGGAGAGGGAGCGCCGGCAGCGGCCCGUGGACGUCCUCGCCUGGCUGACUGCCCACUGCUCGCUGAGGGAGCAGGACCGCGCACCACCCGGCGGCCUGGUGACCCGGCGGGACGGCUACAGCCGGCGGCCGCUGCAGGUGCAGCUGCGGGCCCAGCUGCGCUCCGCCUACCUGACCGUGGCCUACCCGGAGACGGCGGCGGUCGGGUUCCGGCCGCCGCCGGUGCUGGCCGGCGCCGAGGAGGCCGUCCGGAUGGUGGCGCCGGUCACAGCGCUGGUGGAGGGACCGCGCCGCUCGGUGGCCCGGCUCCUCUCCCGGCUCACUCUGCACAACAAACACCAGGUGGACGUGGAGGUGAUCUGCUGGACCACGCUGCCGUUCAUGCUGGUGCGCGCUGCCUCGCCGCGCGGCGCCGUGGAGCGGCCCGGCCGGUGCGUGGUGCCCCACAGCGGCCACACCCAGCUGACGGUCGAGUUUGUGUUCUCCCGCGCCCUGCUGCGGUUCUGUCUGACGGAGCGACUCACCGAGCCGCGCCGGGUGCGGUUCUCUCCCGGCGGGGAGGUGGAGGUUCUGGACGACCCCGACUGGUCGGACGUCAGCGACGGCUGUCCGCCGGCCGACGACGCGCCGCUGGAGGAGGAGACGCGCUCCGCCGAGCAGCUGCUCACCGGCUCUGAGCGGGCCCCCUCCGAGCCGGGCUCUGACCCCACCGGCAGCUGCCGGGCGAGGGCCCGCUCCGAGCCCGACCUGGGCGCCGCCGCCGCCGGGCCGUCCGCCUCCCUGCAGCAGCUGCUCUGCUCCCGGUCGGCGGAGAUGACUGCCGAGCAGCGGGCGGCCGACUACUGCCUGCGGGAGGUGGAAGUCGUCCACCUGACCACCGACUCUGGCGAGGAGCGCGUCCGGUUCCGCUCCAAACUGGUGCUCCAGUACAUGGACUCGCACGUCCAGGCGUUCCCAGUCGAGUGUAUACUGGCGCUGCCGGCGCUGCACGUCUCCGUCGAGCUGAUCGAGUUCCAACAGGUCACCGUAGGAGACGUGGCGAAACGCGGUCUGUACAUCUCCAACCCGACGAUCGGCGAGCUGAGCUGGUCGGCGCGGCUGGUGGCUCGCCUGCCGUCCCCUCAGACGUCCGUCGCUAGCCGGCUGAGCCGGCGGCGCAGCACGCGCCUGGCGCCGCGCCGACCGGACGCCGCCACCUUCCGACUGAGCCCAGAGUUCGGGGUACUGGCGCCGCGCGCCCGACAGCACGUCAGCCUGACGUUCGCGCCGGCCAGCUGCGCGCUGUACUCGGCCACACUGGAGCUGAGCGGGCCCUGCCUGCCGGAUCCUGUCUGCGUGCUGGUCACCGGGGAGGGAACACACGACGAGCUGCCGCACAUGCCCGGUACCUGAGGGGCAGGAGCGGCCGGGGAGCAAAAAAGGACGAAAGGCGACGGGACCCGGUGGUAGAGACCGGCAUUUAAAGGAGACAACACGUAACACUGGCUGAGCUUUGUCUGGUCCAGAGUUGAGCCUAAACGUCUUUUGACUUAUUUGUCAGAUUGUCAAAUUACCGUUAAUAACUACAGCUCCGCUAUCA